UGGCGGAAAGGUCGGAAAAGAGAGGGUCGUCCAUGUCUAGUCGCGCUGAUCGCUCAAAAGGCACGACUUCAAGAAGAUCACGUGAGAGUGACGACAGAAAGUCAGGACCACCAUCGCGUUCCGCUUCUUCUCCCGACUCCAAAUCACGUGAAAAUACGAAAAAGAAGGAAAGGCGACGAGGUCCCUCAUCUUCCAGUUCCUCGUCGUCCUCUCGGAGCAGAAGCAGAAGUCCACGUAUGAAACCAAAACAAAAGUCUCGUGGAAGAGAGAGGCCGCGAACAGGUCGCAGCAGCUCGUCGUCGGGUUCAGACUCUCGAUCAGAGAGCGAGGGCCCCAGGAGGGACACAAAGAAGAAGAGGAAGAGGAGACGAAGUCCGAGCAGCAGUAGUUAUAGUUCAUCAUCAGAGGAGUCCGUAUCUUCGUCUUCAUCCGACUCAUCAGUUUCCAGUCCAAUGAGGAGAGGACGGAAGCCUUCCCCUCGACACAGCAAACAAUUGGUAUGUAUACCUGUGUGAGUGUGUAUUACUGGUACAAAUGCAGUGCAAUCUCAGUGUUUGUGUGUACAAUGACUGUUGGUACCAUGUAGUAAGCGGGAGGAAGAAAACAAAUUUUACAGAGGAAACAAUUUUGAGCUAUAGAACCAAAGACUGAUGUUUCCCCAUUUCUGUUGUUUUUAUGCUGACUCGGUGAGGGUGUCCCACACUCUGGCCACACCCCUUUCACCACACCCACUACUGCCCCGCCCACUACCAUCUGGGGGAGCUAAGUACAGAAGGAGAAACGACGGGAGAAGCAACGGAAGAAAGACAAAGACAAGAACAAGAAGAAAAGAAGAGAGCCCUCCUCGGGCCCUGUUCGACUCUCGCAGUUCAUGAAGGAGAGGGAUGCCAGAAAGGCUAGGAGUGCCAUCAGUGGUAACAUCAUCAAGAUGAAGGUUCGGAAGACCUCAGAAGACAAACAGAGAGAAAUCAAUCGAAAACAGCUGUUAAACUUUUUGAACAACAGAUAAAUGUGCGUAUAAUAAUAAUACAAACUAUUUCA